UUUUUCUUUUUCCCCCUUCUCCCAAACAAACUAACGUCGGCGUUAUCCCCUCUUCCCUAAUACCACCGUGGUUUUCUUCAGAUUGGGUCAAGCUUCUUUCACUCACCACUUUUAAAGUUUAAACCCGAAAGAUCUUUUUGCCCCUUUUCUUUCUUUUUAAAAAGUUAGUUUAUCUCAAUUCAAUUGAAAGUUCUGGUUUUAACCAUAAUCGUUAUUAUUAUUAUUAUUAUUAUUAUUAUUAUUAUUAUGUAAUUGAUCAGUUGAUUAAUAAUAAUAGUACUAAUGUUUUCUGUAAAUAAUGAUUUCCUUCUGGAUCGAGCUUCGUAAUGGCGAUUAGUGAAGCUUCCCAGCUGUGUAUGAGAUUUAUCUUCAGGAAUAGGAUGCAUCGUGUCUGGUUUCGGAUGUUCAUGUUUAAGGAAAGAUCUCUCUGGUGUUUACGGUUACAUCUCUGACGUUACUUUUGGCGUGCUUAACCGUCUUGGAUUCAAUUUUUUAAGUAAACCCGAGUCAAAUCUCGGAACUUCUCUCAGGUGAGAACUGAGAAGAGCUUAAAAGGUUUUUGUUUCGGGGCGCUAUGGAUAUUUGUCCAGGCUUUGUGUUUGGGUUGGCUGGGUGUUUGUGAGAACUAUACGCUCGUUUGCUGCACUUUUGGAUGAGGACGAGUCAUAAUCGUUGCAAAUUAGGGCCUUUUGGAUGACAAGGGAAGUCCAGAUGAGUGUUGAUGGCGAUGAGGAAGAGCUGAAAGAACUGAGCCAGCGCUUACGUGAUGGGAAGAGGACGUUUCCGGAUGGGGUUGCCAGUGAAGGACAAGGUUUACACGAGAAUGAUGGAGCAAAAUGUAAUGGAGUUGGUGAAGAUGUUAAGGUUGGAGGACAGGGAGGGACCGUGGAAUCCUCUUCCGUCCUGCAGCAUGUGCCACAGCAACAGCCUCAAGGGGCAGUGAUUUGUUGGGAGAGGUUUUUACAUAUAAGAUCUCUUAAGGUCUUGCUUGUGGAGUAUGAUGACUCGACGCGCCAUGUUGUUACUGCAUUGCUACGCAAUUGUAGCUAUGAAGUUAUUGAAGCCGCAAAUGGGUUGCAAGCUUGGAAGAUUUUGGAGAAUUUAACCAAUCAUGUUGACCUUGUUUUAACUGAAGUAGCAAUGCCUGGCUUAUCCGGCAUUGGUCUCUUAUGCAAGAUUAUGAGCCACAAGACACGGAAAAACAUUCCAGUAAUUAUGAUGUCAUCUCGUGACUCUAUGGGUUUAGUCUUCAAGUGUUUGUCAAAGGGUGCUGUUGACUUCCUAGUCAAACCCGUAAGGAAGAAUGAGCUUAAAAACCUUUGGCAGCAUGUUUGGAGGAGAUGCCAUAGUUCCAGUGGCAGUGGCAGUGAAAGUGGCACACAAACCCAGAAGUCAGUAAAAUCAAAGAGUCUUGAGAAAUCUGAUAAUAAUUCUGGAAGCAACGAUGAAGAUGAUAAUGGAAGUAUAGGCCUGAAUAAUGGGGAUGGAAGUGACAAUGGCAGUGGCACUCAGAGCUCCUGGACCAAACAAGCUGUAGAAGUUGAUAGUCCCAAACCAGUUUCCCGGUGGGAUCAAAUAGCCGAGUGCCCUGAUAGCACAUGUGCUCAGGUUGUCCACUCCAAUGCUGAAAUAUGUGGAAUAAAGAUGGUUCCUCCAUCUACAAAGGAGGGUCAAGAACAAAAUGAACGUCUUAUCAAAGCUGCGGGUUCAAAACAUAGCAAUACAAUUGAUGUAGGGCCCUCAAAAUUCAAUGAUCAAAGGAAUAGAGGACAGCAGGAUAAUUGUGGGAAUCAAUCUAACAACCGUAGCUGCAAAGGUCCUUCACUGUCUGAUGCCAUCACUAGCACUUCUGGAUCUCAGAUGCAUACAGCAGAAUUUGAAGCCAAAGAUAGAAGACCCAGGUCCUUAGACAUUGAAAAUAAAUGCACUAUUGAUGCUAAGGACUUACCAUCUCUUGAGCUUAGUUUAAAGAGGCUUAGAGGAGUUAAAGAUGCUGGCAUUACAAUUCAGGAUGAACGGAAUGUUUUAAGACGUUCUGACCUUUCUGCCUUCUCAAGGUAUAAUGCAGCCUCUAACACUAAGAAGUCGCCCACUAGAUACGCUGGAAGCAAUUCUCCACAUGAUAAUAGCCUAGAAGUUACAAAGAGGGAUUCAUCUCGUGACAUUCAGUCACAUUCUAGUGGCAAUCCUCCUAAUCAAAAUUCAAAUGGUGCUAGCAAUAACAAUGAUAUGGGUUCUACUACUAAUAAUGCUUUUACAAAAUCUGCAGUCAUAAGUGAGCCAGCAGUGGCAUCAACAACAAAAUGUUUGUACCAAUCAUCUGCUUUCCAGCCUGUAAAGAGCAACCUUAAGUGUACCUCCCAAACAGUUGUUUUACAUAAUACUGAAGAUCCAACAGCAACAAUGCUGGUACCACCUAGGGUAGACACUCACAAGGAUUUGACAACUAAGGACUUCCAUCACCAUCAUGAAACCCAGAACAUCAUUGCUAACAACAUGAAGCACCAGCUUCAUCCUGAUCAUGAUGCUGAAUCAUCAAAGAAAUUAGCUGCUGCUGCUGCUCCACAUUGUGGUUCUUCAAACGCAGUUGAAGUGCUAGUUGAAGGUAAUAUUGGAAAUUUUAGUCUCAACAGAAGUGCUUCAGGCAGCAACAAUGGGAGCAAUGGACAAAAUGGAAGCAGCACAGCAGUUAUUGCUGGAGGGACAAACAUAGAAAGCAACAAUCCACUUGCUGGGAAUAGUGGAAGUGGUGAUGCUAGUGGGAGUGGAAGUGCCAACAAGGUAGAUCAAAAGAAGAGUUCUCAUAGGCAAGCAGCCUUAACUAAGUUUCGUCAGAAAAAGAAUCAGAGAAAUGAGAGAUCCUUUCAUAAAAAGGUUCGAUAUCAAAGCAGAAAGAAAUUAGCUGAACAGCGACCGCGAUUCCGUGGCCAAUUCAUACGGCAGUCGUCUAGUGAAACUGCAAGUGAUGCAACAGAAAAGUGACACACGGAAUUUGCCAGUACGCUGUGUGAUGGGGAUAUGGUAGAGAAAGGUCAAAGAGCCGUCAUGUAGAAAUUUGGGGAAUUGUUCGGUUUCUUGGGUGUAUUUGUUGUGUUCAAUGUACAACGGACUGUUUAAUUUAUGCCAACUUGUUCAUUUGAAACCUGAAUCAAUUUAUGUUGUGGAGAAACAUUGUUAUUAUGCUUGGAAAAAUUCACAUUCAGCGACCGUAUAAUCUAAUGCGUUCUCAUUGA